AUGCCCGGUACUUUGCUUGAAGCCCUCGAGGCCGUCUGCAAUGUUGACGUUGACUCCGUCGACCCAGUGGUCGCUAAAGCACUGCCCUUCAAAGCACACAACCAAACAUCUAAUCAAGUGAUUUGCUCCGACACUAUGGUUCGCCCGGAGAAUCACGCUAUGAUGGCUGAGAUGGUCAAAAGAUUCGGAGACCAAGGCUGGGAAGAGGUUUUUAAUCGUGUUAUGGUUCAAUUUUGUGCCAACAACAUUGAAAAUAUCUCCAACCGUGUCCUGGUUCAGGUCUCACCCUCUCGUGUAUAUGACACGGAGAAGGUUCUUGAGCAAUGUUAUGCAUUUGACCGCGCUUUCAAGGAAGUCGGUAUUUCCCGGGAUCGCUAUGCAAUUAAGAUUUCGGUCACCGGUCCUGCGAUGGUCGCUGCAGCUCAGCUUAACAAGGAAGGAAUUCGCACCCUAGGGACAUCGCUCUUCAGCCUACCCCAGGCAAUUGCAGCAAGCCAAGCUGGGUGUCUUUACAUCAGCCCUUAUUUCAACGAGGUUGCGGCUUAUUCUGAUGAAUCUCUCAUGCACAAGGGCAAUGACCCUGCUUUGACUCAUCCCAUGGCGCCCCGUAUUGUCCAGAUUCUGGAAGCUUAUACUCAGCUCUACGCGGAAACUGGCAAGGAUCAGCCACUGAUAGUGAUGGCGAGUAAUGCGCACAUUGGUGAAGUAAUUGCAAAUGCUGAGCUGGGCUGUCAGCAUAUCACCAUUCUAGCUGGUCAUCUCAAAGAGUUGCAAGAAACCCCAUUGGACUCCACUUCAUUGGCCAAAUAUCCCUUCUUGAAUAACCCGCCUCCUAAGAAGCAGUCGCCGUAUUAUAUCAAUCUGCAAACUCCAGAGCGUCUUCGCGGCCACUCUAAGAUUGACCCUCUGGCUGGUCCUGAUUGGGAUGGCAAACUUGCCGACAUUCACACAGACUACUUGGCCAAUAAUGGAAAGGCCCUAUCAGAUGCUAUGGAUUCAGAUGAAGUAGUUGUUCGCAAGAUUCGUGACGUUUUUGGAGCGGCCGUUGUAUUUCUUGCUACGCUUCUUUGA